UUCGCCAAGAUGGCGAUACUGUGUUGUUUAUGUUUUAAUAGUUAGAAAGUAUGACUUACUGAAAAUUAACUAAAUAUGGCUUCUGACGACGAAGAUUUUGUUACGUAUGGAACUCCUCUAGAACCUUUAGAAGACGAUGAAGCACCUCCAUCUAAAAUUCCAGUACAUGAGCAGACAGUGCAUGAUGAAAAAGGAAGACGAAGAUUUCAUGGAGCUUUCACUGGUGGAUUUUCAGCUGGUUAUUUUAAUACUGUUGGAUCUAAAGAAGGAUGGGCUCCUUCUGCUUUUCAAUCAUCACGUUCUCAAAAGGCUGAUAAGUUUAAACAAAAUCCUGAAGAUUUUAUGGAUAAUGAGGAUCUUGGAGUUUUUGGUAUUGCUUCACGAAGAGUACAAACUACAGACAAUUUUAGCUAUAAAGAAGAGGAAAGCAGAAAAAGAAAUUUUCCAGUAUUUUCAAGCGGUCCUAUUCCUGGAGUACCUCCUCUCAAAGAAUUAGUGAAACCUGUUAGAGAAACAAUUGGAGUAAGAUUGCUGCAGAAAAUGGGAUGGAAACAAGGUCAAGGUAUAGGUCCAAGAAUUGAAAAGAAACAAAAACAAGUUUCUAGUGAUGGAAAAAAGAUCUAUGGAUGUGCUUUACCUCCAACUGAAGAUGAAAAUGAUGAUGAUGAUGAUGAUCCAUAUGCUAUUGGUCACACGUUUGCUCCAAAAGAUAUUGAGAUUCUACCAUAUGUUCCUAAGAACAAUCUACAAGGAAUAGGAUAUUCUGGUUUGAAUAAAAAUCCAGUUCUUUCUUCUCAUAUAAAUUUAUUUGAGCCAACACAUACAGCAACUAUAUUAGAAAAAAAGAAGAAAUUAUUAAUUUCUGGUCAAGCUUUUGGAGUUGGUGCAUUUGAAGAUGAAGAUGAUGAUAUAUAUGCCAAAGAUGAUAUGACCCAGUAUGAUUACUUUUUGGAAGGAACUUCAAAUAAACAAGACACUAAAGAGAAACCUAAAAGAAAGAAUGAAAAUAAAGAGGAGAUGAUAGAAGGGUUUUGUCUUGCUAUUAAAUCACUACUUAGGAAAAAGAAUUAUCCUCCUCCAUCUCUUCCACCCAAUUUUAGACCAAUUCAUCAGCCAAAGCAUAAUCCACUACAAAAACAAACAUUAUUGGAUAAUCAAUUUUUAGAUCGUCAUAAUAUGAAUGCUUAUGAAAGAAAUGCAGUUUUGACAGAAGAAUCAUCUUCGACUGAUAAAUGUUCUGUAUUUGAUCUUCUUUCAACACAUGAUAAACAAAGAUUGGAACAAGUGAAGAAGCAGAUUCAAGAGAAAGGACAGACUUUGCAAGACAAACAGAUUACAACACAAGAAACACAAAAAUUGGAAUGUGAAAAGAUGCAAGAAAUUAUUUCAGUCUCUUCAAAGGAAAAACAAAAUCAAUGUUUUAAACCUUUUCAAAAUGAUAAAGCCAAGCAAGCUCGUUAUGAGCAGUAUCUUACACUUAUGAAAAUAGAAAAGAAAGAUUGUUUAGAACAGCUCCAACCAAAAUCUAUGACUGAAUGGGAAAAACAAAGAGAAAAAGAAGAAUUUCAACGGGCUGCUAUUUUGUAUCGACCAUUAUCAUCAACAUUGAAUUCUCGAUUCAUAUCUUCUUCAAUUUUAGAAAAUGAUAGAGAAAUAGAAAUAAGAGUAGAUGAAGAGAGUGAUCAAAAUGAUCAGAAAAAAGCUGCUGAGAUGAAAAUGUUUGGUAAAUUGACAAGAGAGAAAUUUGAAUGGCAUCCAGCAAAAGUUCUCUGUAAAAGAUUUAAUGUACCAAAUCCAUAUAGUGAUUGUACUAUGGUUGGUUUACCAAAGGUGAAGAGAGAUAGAUAUUCAUUAUUUAAUUUUCUUACUGUGCCAACUGAAAGUAAUCUUCCAAAACCCAUUGAUACUUCUUCACAAUCUCAAGAAACAGUUUCAUCUGAACCAAUACAAAAAGAAAUUCGUAUCAUAGAUGGUCACUCAGUUAAAGAAGAGAAGCAUAAAAAGGAAACAAAGAAACUAUUAACAUUGGAAAAAAAGGAUGAUGAUGGCAGACCUUCAAUGGAUUUAUUUAAGGCAAUAUUUCAAAAUACAUCAUCAGAAGAUAGCAAUUCUUCAGAAGAAGAAGUUUCAAAAGGAAAAAAUACACUUGUAUCAAAUGCUUUGGAUUCUUCACAAAAUGAAUCAAACGUAAAUGUUACUAAUGCUUCAUCAAGUAAUGAAAAUUCCAAAAAAACUGUUCCGGCAUUUGGUAUUUUUGCAAAUAUUGAUUUAAUUGCAAUUAAUCAACAAAAAGACAUUGAAAGUAAUGUUGAUAAGAAAAUGAAUGAACAUUUUUCAAACAAAACUCAAAAUCCACCAACAAUAGAAACAAAGAAAGUAGAAAAUUCUGAAAAUAGUUUUUAUGGACCAAAAUUACCUCCAACUCUAUUAAAAUCUACCUCAGAUGAAGAUAAAAAGAAAAAAGAAAAGGUUUAUUACAAGAAGAAUAAGAAGGAUAAACAUCAUAAACAUAAACAUAAGUCAAAAUCAAAGAAGACAAAACACAAGCAUAAACUAAAACAUAAAAAACUGAAUCAGAAAUCAACUUCAAGUAGUGAAAAUACAUCAGAAUCAGAAACAGAAAUGCCAUCAAAUUUUCAAAUUUUGCAAAAAUUGCAUCAAUUACAGAGAUUGAAAGACCUGUGAUGUGUACAUUUGUGUAAAUAGUAAUUUAAAUAAAAAAAAUAAUAAACAAUCUAAUUAAUUUGAA